AUGUCCCGAGUACAUUUUGGGUGGUUCAUAGCAGAGGCUCGGCUGCUCGGCUGGCAAUUCGAGUGUCAAGUCGGGAAGAGAGGACACGGGAAAAUGGCGCUUCGCCAGCCGCUUGGAGCUUCUGAUGGCUACUUGAUGCGCAGCGAUGCCACUCCCUGCAGCUUGCUUACCAAUCAGCUGGCUAAGAUAGGCUUCUGCGGUGGCGCUUUUCUGGGUCUGCCAUUCUGCUACAUAAACUACGGCCCCCGCUUUACGUGGCCCCGGGCCUUUCGCUGGAUGGCUGGCGGCGCCGUGCUUGGAGCUGGCUUCCUGGUUGUCCAUACUAUUCUGUGGGAGCCUGCUUGCGAACUGCAGAACAUACAGGCUUACGACUCUCCUGAAGGGGUUAUUCGCAGCUCAGGCAGCCAAUCAGAUGAUUAA